AUGGAUGCAACCUUUGCUUUAAUGCUUAUAGAAGCUGUCUUGAUUUUGCUGGCUAUAGCAAUUUCUAAAGCUGUCAGAUUAAUCUCUCCACCUCAUGAUAGUUGUAAAGAUGUUGGUGAUUCGAUUCCCAUGGUUUCUUCUCCUUCUUGUAUUAUUGUUUCUCCUCCUGCAAUCAAGUAUGACGUGUUUCUUAGCUUUAGAGGGGAAGAAACUCGUCACACUUUCUCAAGUUAUCUCUAUGAAGCACUUCGCCGAGUGGGCGUUCAUACUUUUAUGGAUCACAAGCUCGACAAAGGAGAUCAUAUCUCACCGAUCCUUCUGAAAACAAUAGAGGAAUCACAGAUAUCUUUAAUCAUUUUCUCUGAAGAUUAUGCUUCUUCAACAUGGUGUAUGAAUGAGCUCGUUCACAUUAUGAAAUGUAAGGAUAAGUACGGAAGGCUAGUCAUCCCAAUUUUCUACAACAUAGAUCCAUCAAAUAUUCGGAAACAGAAUGGAAGAUUUGGAGAUGGAUUUGCUGAGAUCAAGCAGAGAUUUAACCACGACCAAAAAGGAGUGCCUGAACCCGAACUUGUCAAAAAAAUUGUCAAAGAUGUUUUGAGCAAAUUGAACCGCAAGUCAUCCAUUCACAUGGAAGGCUUAGUCGGGAUCAAUCAUCAGAUUCAAAAAGUUGAAGAGUUAUUAAGUGAAGCUCGCAUUGUGGGAAUAUGGGGUAUGGGCGGUAUUGGCAAGACCACUCUUGCUAGGGCUGUAUUUGACAGAUUGGAGCUAGAGUUUGAAGCUCUCUGCUUUGCUAAAGAUGUGAGACAACAGCUGGCGGAAAGGAAUGGAUUGGAUGAAUUGCAAAAAAAAUUCCUUAAGGAUUUAUUAAUAGAUGACGAUAUUAAUGCUUACGAUUUAAGAUCCGCUUCUAUAAGAACGAGGCUUCAGCGUAAAAAAAUUCUUCUAGUACUUGAUGAUGUGGACAAUUCUAUAACGGCUGAAGAUUUAAUCAAAGCUGUUGUUGGUUUGGGGAAGGAAGUAGAAUUAUUAUCACAUCAAGAGAUAUGCAAUUUGAACGCUUUCAAGCAAAAUCAACCUUUUGAAAACUACUUGGAGUUAUCAAAGUGGGUAGUGGAUCAUUGUGAAGGAAAUCCAUUAGCUCUGAAAGUGUUGGGUCGCCAUCUUUAUAGUAGAGGAAAAGAAGAGUGGGAAAGUGCUCUGGCGAAACUAAAUCAAACUCCUCACAAUGACAUUUUUAAUGUGCUCAAAUUGAGUUUUGAUGGACUUGAUGACACACAGAAGGAUGUAUUUCUUGAUCUUGCAUUUUUGGUGAGUGCAGUAGAGUCAAUUUCUGUGGAUUGUGCAAGACGCUUAUGUGGUGAUGUUGCAACUAUUCAGAUAAGUGAACUUGGAGAGAGAUCCCUCAUUUCAGUGGAUACAUAUGGUGAAAUUCAGAUGCAUGCUUUACUAAUCUAUAUGGGUCUUGAGAUUUCUAAGCAACAAUUAAAAUCUAAUCUUGACAAUCCCAUUCGGCUGUGGAGGCACGAGGAUAUUUAUCGUUAUUUUUCUAUCAAUGGCAAGUCAGAUUGGGAAAAGCCUUCAAAGUUGAGUAUUUGUGAAGGUUUGGAUUAUCUUUCAAAAGAAUUAAGAUUUCUUCAUUGGGAAGGAUAUCCACUACCAUCUGUGCCGUUACAAUUUUGUGCUGAGAAUCUCAUCGAACUUAAGUUGCCAGACAGUAAUAUCCAACAGCUUUGGGAUCAGCAAUUUCCAAAUCUAAAGGAAAUAAAUCUAUGGGAUUCAAAAAAUAUCAGGGCACUCCCAGAUUUGUCUCAAGCCCCUAAGAUUAAAACUUUGCGCCUUGAUGGUUGUGUGAAUUUGGGUCAAAUCCAUUUUUCGACUGUCCCGGAACAGAAUGUCGAUUUAUGUAUAGAAGAUAGUGGGCCGAUGCAGAUAAAUGUUGGGGGCAGUAUGAAAGGGAGAAAUUCAUCAGGGUUAGUGAUUGUGCACAAUUAUUUGGAUGUUCCCAAUUUGACAUUCAAUAAAGUGACAAUGAAGGUGUUGGUGAGGGGUGAUGGAGAAGAAAGGGGUGUGGAAGAUGAUGAAAAAGAGGAUGAGGAUGAUAGAGAAAUGAUCAGUGAGAAUGAAAGAGAAAUGAGUAGUAAAAGUGAUCAAGUAGUAGAGAUGACAUUAUCAUUAAUGCAAGAUGAACAAGAAGGUGCCGAUGAGCAUGAUAGUAAGAGGGACCACACAUUAUUAACAAUACUACUUAUUCCUAACAGCAUCCCUCGCUGUUCUGAAGAUGAUGUUAUAUUGACUCAAACGGAUUCUCCUCCUGCUACCAAGUAUGAUGUGUUCCUUAGAUUUGGAGGAGAAGACACUCGCCAAAAUUUUGCCAAAGAAAGGAGAGAGACCGGAAGGAGUGCUUUUCAAAGAAGGUAG